ACCCCUUUCCCCUUCUCCCAUUUCAAUUUCAAAUCAACCCUCCCUCUCGCGCACACCACCGGCCCCGCUCCCCAGCUCCUCGCCACCCCGCGGAACCCUAACCCUACCCUAGCCGCCGCAGUCGCCGCCACCGCCGCCGCUCCCUCCGGAUGUCGGGCCCCGAAGCUUCCCCGGCGGAGCAACCCGCUUCCCCCGGCGCGUCGCCCGAGGUGUCGGCCGAGCGCGCCCCGUCCCCGACCCCGUCCCCGGCGGAUUCGCAGAGGAAGGAGGAGCUGCUGCCAGUGGGGGAAAAGAUCUCGGAAUUGAAUGAAUCACAAUCAGAGCUUUUAGGGAGACUCCGAGGGCUUAAGGAGGAUCUGGAGAAUUGGAGGAGCAAUUUAGACACCCAAGUGACGAAGUACAAAGUUGAAAUCUCUGAUAUCAAAAGUGCACUCAAUAAUGAAAUAGAACAACUUCGUUCAGAUUUCCAAGAGCUGAGGACAACCCUCAAGAAACAGCAGGAAGAUGUGUCACUUAGCUUAAUGAAUUUGGGGCUUCAAGAUGCUACUGAAAAUGAUGUGAGCAAUGGAAGUGGAGAGGAGAAUACAAAUGAGGACUUGUCAGCUAACUUAGGGAGCUUGAAAUUGAAUGAUGCUUCCAAAAAUCAUGAUGGAAGCAGAGACGCUAAGGAUGAUAAGACUGAAACCCCUGCUGAAGAUGGUGCUGCCGACAAGGGCAUCGUGGGUACAUCAAGUGAUGAAUAGAUCAACGCGGGUAAAGUGAAACAGAAGUGGAGCUGCUUCUCGCAUGGCUCGGACGUAGGAACUUUAAGAACAGUGAUAGUGUAAGUUCUUGUAUAAGAAAACGAGCCAAUGCUCCGUGAUGGCUCGCCUGGUCGUGUAGCCUGCUGUUGUGGAACGCUGUUGUGACCUACUGAGGCUCAACUAAAAUUGCAGUGACAGUUGUGUAACCAAUCGCAAGUAAUCAUCUGGUAUCACCGUAUUAUUAUCGUUCCAUUCCCGGAAUGUGUUUUAUUUGCA